UAUUAUUAUUAUUCUACUUCUUAUUAUAAGUGGGUUCCGGCAUCCUACGAACUACUAUCAACUGUCUCUGGUCUACUCCCUCCCUCCCUUUCCCUCUUAACCCCUCCUCCGUCCUCCCUGGGUCCUCGUUUCAUUCCCUAUGUCUUCUCUCUCUCGAGUUUGAUGGGCUGGUUUCACCGUCAGGAUGUUUCAUUGUAUCGAACCAUUGUUCCUAUUGUCAUGUAUUGAUGGUCAGAGACUACGUCUCAUGAUCGGCUGAUCAACCCGAUCUCUUGCGCCUCACUUGAUAUUCCCUAUUUCUUUUCGACGAUCCGAACCACUGGUUACUCGGCAGGUGAUUGUCGCCAACCAUGAGCUCCAUCACAUGCCAUCGCCAAUCGCAUGCCCACGGCGGCUAUCCUGACAGUCUUCCGCACGGGCAUCACCAUAAUAAUAGCAACAAUAGCCGCCCUCUCCACAUAGUCCAAACUAUUACACCAACUGCUCUGGGUCCAGGCACCGGAAAUAAUCCGUCUUGCCUGGCUGGAUCCCAGCUACCUCCAUCCCUUGAGAUUUCUUCUCCUAACCUGAAUGCCUUGUCCGAUACAAAAGCCACCUUGGAACUCACUGAAAUCACCGAGGAUACAUGCACCUCCCCAGCCUCUCACGAUAUCGCCGACGAUAUGGGACUGAGUAUGGAAGUAUCCUCGACCACAACUCCAAACGUCACCCCAGACGUAUCUCCUGUUUGCGACAAUACUCGCAUUCCAAAGCGGAAACGAACUUCAUCCCCACCGUCGCCCUCUUCGACAAGUCCUGGAGACCAUCGUCGUUCAUCAUCUCGAAGCACUCGCCACUCUGCACAAACGGCACGCCAAAGCUCUUUACAUUCUCAUCGCCGCUCAGCUACCGUCACGGCCCCUCUCACGCCAUCGGUUCCUAGUAAAGAUCUGGAACCCAAGCGGGAAGAUCUUCUGGCCCUGCACCGGGAAUCCUGUCGUCUAUUUCAAGACAGUGAGCGAACUAUCCCAACUCAGUAUGAAAGAGCGUCACUUCCCCCAACUAUUCACGAUAGUCCGCCACACACGCUCCGCACAUCUUCAGAGACCGGCUCACCCCCGGUUUCCCCAGUCUUCCCGACCCGAUUUCCUACAGUCAGUGAGGACUUGACGGGUCAAGACAAUCAUAAGGGCCCCGUGCUCCACGCUUCGCCCGUCACGAGCACCAUCCGUGAUGAAAGUUAUAUCCCUCCCAUCCAGACCUCGGUCACUGUCAUUGACUGGACGUCCCCGUCCACGCGAAGGCGCGAAUACAAGAAGAUCGAUCGUGCCAGUAGCGGGGUAAGGGGUUUCUGGCGCCGGGUUGCCCCCAAGUGGUGCCAGUUCGGACAUGAUCGCACGCCGUUCUUUGAAGAAAAAGACGGCAAAGGAAACUACGAGGGCAGUGUCCGACGGUUUCGAAUGGACCUCCCUGACGAGCCUGUCCCGGAACGUAAAAUGAAUGCCAUUGGUGCGCGAAAGCUGAAACAAAAGUUGGUGGCGACUAAAAUGGGCAGUCGUCGAAAGAGCGAAUAGUCGAGUCAUGACGCCACGCU